CAGUCCCGGGACGGGCGGGGACGAGACCCAGAAUUCGACGCGGGCGGGGACACAUCCUUGGUGACUGCAUCUUCGAUGCGGGCGGAGACGAGCAGCAGAAAGCGAAGUGGGCGGGCGAGAACGGAAUCUAGAAAACAACACGGGCGGAGUCGAGAACCCAAGAGCGACGUGCGCGGGGACGAGAAGGAGAAUCGAGGUUCCGCGCGGGCGGAGACUAGAAGCAGCGCUCGGGCACGCGGGGACGGCGGCCGGCGCGGGCGGGCGCGGCCUUUGUCUCCACCUCCAGCUCGCUCCGCGGCUGCACCGGCCCGAUGAUCCCGCGGCCCCCAGGCGCUCCGGCUGCCCGCAGCCCCUGACCUGGCCUGCGCUCGCCAUGGCCGAAGGAACCUCCAGCGCCGGGGGCACGUCCCUGGAGGGCGAGCGUGGCAAGAGGCCCCCGCCUGAGGGCGAGCCUGCAGCCCCGGCGUCUGGAGUUCUGGAUAAGCUUUUUGGGAAGCGGCUCCUGCAGGCUGGUCGCUACCUGGUAUCCCACAAGGCGUGGAUGAAGACAGUGCCUACAGAGAACUGCGACGUCCUGAUGACCUUUCCAGACACGACUGAUGACCACACGCUGCUAUGGCUGCUGAACCACAUCCGCGUGGGCAUCCCUGAGCUCAUCGUGCAAGUCCGCCACCACCGCCACACGCGUGCCUAUGCCUUCUUCGUCACCGCCACGUAUGAGAGCCUACUUCGAGGAGCCGACGAGCUGGGUUUGCGCAAAGCGGUGAAGGCCGAGUUUGGCGGGGGCACCCGAGGCUUCUCUUGCGAGGAGGACUUCAUCUACGAGAAUGUGGAGAGUGAGCUGCGCUUCUUCACCUCCCAGGAACGCCAGAGCAUCAUCCGCUUUUGGCUGCAGAACCUACGCGCGAAGCAGGGUGAGGCACUGCACAAUGUGCGCUUUCUGGAGGACCAGCCAAUCAUCCCUGAGCUGGCGGCCCGUGGCAUCAUCCAGCAGGUGUUCCCGGUCCACGAGCAGCGUAUCCUGAACCGCCUCAUGAAGUCAUGGGUGCAAGCUGUGUGUGAAAACCAGCCUCUAGAUGAGAUCUGUGACUACUUUGGAGUGAAGAUUGCCAUGUACUUUGCCUGGCUGGGCUUCUACACAUCAGCGAUGGUAUACCCAGCCGUCUUUGGCUCCGUCCUGUACACAUUUACGGAGGCUGACCAGACAAGCCGGGAUGUAUCGUGUGUGGUUUUUGCCCUCUUCAACGUGGUCUGGUCAACCCUGUUCUUGGAGGAAUGGAAACGGAGGGGAGCAGAGCUGGCCUACAAGUGGGGGACGCUGGACUCACCUGGGGAAGCUGUGGAGGAACCACGACCUCAGUUCAGGGGUGUCCGGCGCAUUAGCCCCGUGACAAGGGCUGAGGAGUUCUACUACCCGCCCUGGAAGCGGCUGCUCUUCCAGCUGCUCGUGAGCCUCCCCUUGUGCCUCACCUGCCUGGCCUGCGUGUUCCUACUCAUGCUCGGCUGCUUCCAGCUGCAGGAGCUGGUGCUGAGCGUGAAAGGGCUGCCCCGUCUUGCCCGCUUCCUGCCCAAGGUUGUGCUGGCCCUGCUGGUCAGCGCCAGUGCUGAGGGCUAUAAGAAGCUCGCCAUCUGGCUCAACGACAUGGAGAAUUACCGGCUGGAGAGCGCCUAUGAGAAGCACCUCAUUAUCAAAGUCGUCCUGUUCCAGUUUGUCAACUCCUACCUGAGCCUCUUCUACAUCGGCUUCUACCUCAAGGACAUGGAGCGCUUGAAAGAGAUGCUGGCCACUCUGCUGAUCACCCGCCAGUUCCUCCAGAACGUGCGCGAGGUCCUGCAGCCGCACCUGUACCGGCGGCUGGGCCGCGGCGAGCUCGGCCUGCAGGCAGCCUGGGAGCUGGCCCGUGCCCUGCUCGGCCUGCUGAGCCUCCAGCGCCCCGCACCCCGUCGCCUUGAACCCCAGGCUGAAGAGGGGGGUGGUGGUGGUGGUGGCGGAGGCCGUAGGUGUCUCAGUGGGGGCUGCGGGGCCCCCGAGGAGGAGGAGGAGGCACCAGUGGAACGGAGGCCCGCAGGGGAAGGGGGGGAGGUGGGGGAUGGGUCUCGGGGGGGCAAGGAGGACGAGGACGAGGAGGAGGAGGAAGAGGAGGAUGAGGAAGAUGAUGAGGAGGAGGGCGAGGAGAGCAGCCUCCUGGACUGUGGGCUCCGGCUGAAGAAGGUCAGCUUUGCUGAACGAGCGGCGGGGCGGCGGCGGCCUGGCCCCGAGGCCAUCCUGGAGGAGGGGAGCCCCACUAUGGUGGAGAAGGGGCUGGAGCCGGGAGUAUUCACGCUGGCCGAAGAAGACGACGAGGCUGAAGGGGCUCCCAGCAGUCCUGAGCGGGAGCCCCCGGCCGUCCUGCUCCGCCGGGCUGGGGGCGAGGGCCGUGACCAGGGGCCAGAUGGGGGCCCAGACCCAGAGCCUGGCUCGGGUGACUCAGGCCGGAGGCAGCGGCGGCAGAAUCGGUCGUCUUGGAUUGACCCACCGGAGGAGGAGCACUCACCCCAGCUCACCCAGGCCGAGCUUGAGAGCUGUAUGAAGAAGUACGAGGACACCUUCCAGGACUACCAGGAGAUGUUCGUGCAGUUCGGCUACGUCGUCCUCUUCUCGUCUGCCUUCCCCCUGGCUGCUCUGUGCGCCCUGGUCAACAACCUCAUUGAGAUCCGGAGCGAUGCCCUCAAGCUGUGCACAGGGCUACAGCGGCCCUUCGGGCAGCGGGUGGAGAGCAUCGGCCAGUGGCAGAAGGUGAUGGAGGCCAUGGGGGUCCUGGCCAUCGUGGUCAACUGCUACCUGAUUGGCCAGUGCGGGCAGCUGCAGCGCCUCUUCCCCUGGCUCAGCCCGGAGGCGGCCAUCGUGUCCGUGGUGGUGCUCGAGCACUUUGCCCUGCUCCUCAAGUAUCUCAUCCACGUGGCCAUCCCUGACAUCCCGGGCUGGGUAGCCGAGGAGAUGGCCAAGCUUGAGUACCAGCGCCGGGAGGCCUUCAAGAGACACGAACGCCAGGCCCAGCACCGCUACCAGCAGCAGCAGCGGCGGAGGAGGGAGGAGGAGGAGCGCCAGCGCCAUGCAGAGCACCAUGCCCGGCGAGAGCGCGAUGCCGGCGGCCGGGAGGAGGCCCGGCCGGAAGGCUCUGGGCUGGACCCCGCUGCCCCUGAGAAGGCCUCCACCAAGGCCAAGGGCAGCGGGACGGGUGGCCACGGGCAAGAGCGGCCCAAGCGCCCGGGGUCCUUGCUGGCACCCAACAACGUCAUGAAGCUGAAGCAGAUCAUCCCGCUGCAGGGCAAGUUCCUGUCAUCUGGGGCAACAUCCUCACUGGCCAGUGCGGGGGCCGGCCCUGCCGCCCGGCCACCCCCUGCCCAGUCACCCACGGGGAGUGACACCCGCCUGCCAGCCUUCCUCAGCUUCAAGUUCCUCAAGUCGCCUGAGACCCGGCGGGACCCAGAGCGCAGCCACUCACCGCCCAAGGCCUUCCACGCUGGCAAGCUCUUCCCUUUCGGCGGGGCCCGGGCUGACAGCGGGUCCAACGGGGCAGGUGGGCAGGCCCGGCUGGACGGGACCCCCGGCGGCAGCGGCGGCGGCGGCGGAGGCCGAGCCCAGCGGAGUGGGCCGGCAGACGAGGCUGCGGCUGAGGAGCCGGACGCCCCCCGGCCUGAAGAGGAAGGCUCAGGGACAGCGCUGGCCCCCGUGGGCGCCCCUGCCCUCCGCACCCGCCGCAGCCGGAGCCCCGCGCCACCGCCAACGCCGCUGCCCCGGCCCCCGACACCGCCCGCAGGCUGCUGGCAGUGGGACGGGCCAUGGGGCUGCGGGGGCGAGGGCACCGCCCCCCGUCAGGCACCCGCCCCCGUCGCUGCCGAGUGCCCGCCCUGCGCCCUCGCCGGGCCCCCGCCAGCCCCGCAGCCCCUGCCGGGGGACGCCAGCUUCUACAGCCUCCCGCCCCCGCCGCCCACCUCCGAGCCCACCGAGCCCCCGGCGCCCUCGCCCAGCCCCAGCCCCAGUCCCCAGGCCGUGUGCUGGCCCAGCGGCUGGCAUUAGCUCCACCCGCCCGCCCUGCCUUCCUGUUCUCAUAUGCAAUAGCAGUUCCGUGGACCCGGGCGGCGGCCGCCACCCAGAAAACACGCUUCGGCCCGACGGCCCCCAGUAUUGGCUGCUCUCCUGGGGCAGGGCUGGGGGCCGGGCCCCCCAUCUGCCGUUUUCCUUUAGACCCGGAUGGGGAAAACGAAAGGAAACCCCAAAAAACCAACAGAAAACACACAGAAUAGGCGAUUAUUUAUUUGUUUUUAAUUUAUUUUGUCAUAUUUUUGUAAAACGGCAGAAAUGCAAUAAAAAGUAUAUUUCAACAGUGCCCGAGGACAGAGCAGUGGAAGGGGAAUCGAGGGGGCCCAGUUACUUGUAGUUGGUGCUGGCUUUUGGGGGACCUAGCAGGCCUAGGGUGGGGGCCCCUCCCAUCCUCUGACCCUUAGGGGCCUCCUCCUAAGAACUGGGUCUUGAGGCCACAGAUGGAAAACUCCAGACCGCACCAACUCUGAGUCGGCCCAGAUUUGGGGGCUGACUCCAGGCCUGGGGCCCCUGGGAGGAGCCACAGAGCCUCAGGCCCUGGCGUCAGCCUCCUAGACAAAGGAAGAAAUCUCCAAGUGUUGAAAAGA